CUGCUGGCGCUCAGUCGCAGCCCCGCGCGCCGCCGCCACACUCGCGCCGAGAGAAAGUUGCGUUCAAAAACCCCGACACAAUUGUGCAACGCGAGUGAUUUUAAAUUACGAAUUUGGAAUAGUUAUCUCUGUGCUUUGUGCUUGUGUCUGUAAGUGCCUAUGCUACACGGAAGCGCGGUUUCAGGAGCAUGUAUAUAGCGGAGAACUCGCCCCCGUCUCCGGCGGGCGACGAGAAGCAGAAGAUGGGCGCCGAGUUCACCGACACAGCGGGGAAUGACGAGACCACGAUGUGGUCCAAACGGCAACAGGCGGUGUGUGUGCGGGCGGCCUGCAAGCAGUACGGCUCGACUAAACAACCCAACCACGUGCUCAGCAACCUCAACAUGACCUGCGCCAAGGGGACCAUCUACGGUCUGCUGGGCGCGUCGGGCUGCGGCAAGACGACGCUGCUGUCGUGCAUCGUGGGGCGCCGCAAGCUCAACAGCGGGGAGAUCUGGGUACUGGGCGGCAAGCCCGGGACUAAAGGCUCGGGCGUGCCGGGCAAGCGCGUGGGCUACAUGCCGCAGGAGAUCGCGCUGUACGGAGAGUUCACCAUCAAGGAGACCAUGAUGUACUUCGGCUGGAUCUUUGGCAUGAAGACGUCGGAGAUCCUGGAGCGGCUGCGCUUCCUGCUGGACUUCCUCGACCUGCCCAGCGAGAACAGGAUGGUCAAGAACCUCAGCGGGGGUCAGUCGCGGCGCGUGUCGUUCGCGGUGGCGCUGAUGCACGACCCCGAGCUGCUGAUCCUGGACGAGCCCACGGUGGGCGUGGACCCGCUGCUGCGCCAGUCCAUCUGGACGCACCUCGUGCGCAUCACCGGCGCCGCCGACAAGACCGUCAUCAUCACCACGCACUACAUCGAGGAGGCGCGCCAGGCGCACACCAUAGGGCUGAUGCGGAGCGGGCGGCUGCUGGCGGAGCAGUCCCCGCAGGCGCUGCUGCAGAUGUACAACUGCAUCUCGCUCGAAGACGUCUUCCUCAAGCUGUCCCGGACCCAGGGCCAGUCGAACCAGGCGGCCCCGCUGCAGGUGACCGGCGGGCUGGCGCGGACCACGCGCGAGGAGGCGCCCUACGCCAGCGAGGACGCCAGCGUCAAGGGACUCAACUUCCACCAGAGCAAGGAGGUGCUGCUUAUGGAGAAGGGGCUUAGUAAUGGCGAUAUCCCCAGCAAGAUCCAACCAAUCAUAUCACCAGAAUGCAAUGACUGUGGCAGCUACUUCAAACCGCUCCUGAAUUUCACCUCCCGAGGGAAGAUCAAGGCGCUGAUCCAGAAGAACUUCCUGCGCAUGUGGAGGAACAUCGGCAUGAUGCUGUUCAUAUUCGGCCUGCCCUGCAUGCAGGUCAUCCUGUUCUGCCUCGCUAUUGGACGGGAUCCUUACGGACUGAAGCUGGCAAUCGUAAACGACGACGUGAACGUGAUGAACGGCUCGUGCCCCUACAACAAGACGUGUUCCAUGAAGAACCUGUCCUGCCGGUACCUGGACCACCUGCGGAACCAGUCCAUCAUCAAGGAGUACUACCCGGACCACGCCAGCGCGCUGCGAGCCGUGCGCGGCGGCGACGCGUGGGGCGCGCUGUACUUCAAUGAGAAUUAUACGGAUGCGCUGGUGGCUAGACUGGCGUUGUCGGACUCUGCGGACGAUGAGACGCUGUCGUCGUCAGAGGUGCAGGUGUGGCUCGACAUGUCCAACCAGCAGAUCGGCCUCAUGCUCAACCGAGACAUACAGUUCUCAUACAGAGACUUCGCUAAGGACCUGCUCCGCACGUGCGACUACAACCCGAAGGCGGGCGACAUCCCCAUCGAGUUCAUGACGCCGGUGUUCGGCUCCAUGAACCCCUCCUUCACCGACUUCGCCGCGCCCGGGAUCAUCCUCACCAUCGUGUUCUUCCUGGCGGUGGCGCUGACGUCGUCGGCGCUGAUCGUGGAGCGCAUGGAGGGGCUGCUGGACCGCUCGUGGGUGGCCGGCGUGUCCCCCGGGGAGAUCCUGUUCUCGCACGUCGUCACGCAGUUCGUCGUCAUGUGCGGCCAGACCGCGCUCGUGCUCGUGUUCAUGUUGGGGGUUUUCGGGGUCAAGUGUAACGGGAGUAUUGUGCUGGUGGUUGUGCUGACGCUUUUGCAAGGUUUCUGCGGCAUGUCAUUCGGCUUCGUGAUCUCCGCCGCCUGUGAACUCGAGCGCAACGCCAUCCAGAUGGCGCUGGGCUCGUUCUACCCCACGCUGGUGCUGAGCGGGGUCAUCUGGCCCAUCGAGGGCAUGCCGUGGAUCCUGCGCGGCGUGGCCACCUGGCUGCCGCUGACCCUCGCCACCAACGCGCUCAGAUCCAUGCUCACCCGCGGCUGGGGGCUCACCAACCCUGAUGUCUACCUCGGCUUCUUGUCCACGAUUGUGUGGAUCGGCUUGUUUUUGGUGUUCGCGAUCCUUAUUCUGAAGAUUAAGCGCAACUGGCAGUGAGCGUUGAGGUGUUAGUGUAAGUUGUAUUUAGAUGAUUUGAUUGUUUGGAUUAUGGAGAUUCUUUUUUAUUUAACUGUACAUUUAUAAC